UGAAGCGAGUUUUGUUUUACCUUGCCAAAAUGGCUGACGCGUCGACGUUGUGCGUUAAGAAAAUACCCGAUAAUUUAUACGAGCUGUGCUUGACAAGUUUAGUGAACUACUUGCAGAAAUCCAAGUGUGAGCGGAAUGAUUUGCGAUCACUGCCGGACAGCAUCCUCAUGGAUGUAUAUUACAAGAUGCUCCAGGAGAAGAGGCUCUGUAUCCUCGGCGCGGAGCUGUCAGAGCUGGACAUCUUCGAGCGGCUGCUGCGUUUCAGCGGCGCCCAGCUGAGGCUGCUUCAGUGCUUCCAGGCCGUGAUAGAGCAUGGAUCCAAGCUAUCAGCAGAGCUGGCCACCGGCUACCUGUCUCGCUGUGAUGCCAACGCGCGCUCUGAAGAAUGCCUGAUCCAACUGGGCUUGCGGCUCGGUCAGUAUCUGAGCUUAGGUCUAACGUGGAACGUUGCUGACGAUACAGAAGUAACGGAGACGAAGCUGGCAACGUCGCGUGAAGACAGCACGCGGCGUGAAGAUAAACUCAUCGAACUGGGCUUGAGACUUGGCGGCUUUCUGAAUGAGGCCGGGUGGUAUGCGGACGCACAGCGUGUAUUGUUACGUUGCCGCGCACUGUGCCGCGCGCAGCCGCCGAGCGCGCACUACACACGACUCACUCUCGAAUGUUGCCACAGACUGCUAAACACACAAUCCGCCUACUGCUGCUUCCCGGCCGCGGCCGAAACCUACGCACUAGCGCUCGACCUGCUGAGCCUCACCGACGACGCUCCCGCACAAGCCGCUCGUCCAGACACGCCCAGACAUGUCUCCGAGGAGUGCAGCCGCAGGCUGGACACAUGCGACAUCCUCUCCCAAGUGCCCGGGCUGACCGACCCGCACGAGCCGGCCAGCGAGUGGGCGCUCUCAGCGCUCCUAGCGCGCCUGUUCAAGGAAUUCAGCGCACUUUUCUUCGUGCGCUGCGAUUACAGCGCCGCGCACGCGUGGGCUAUGCGCGCCUUACGCCUGCUUCGUCCUGAUACGCCGGCAAAGAUCACAAUCGAAGUCCUCCGAGCGUGCGGCAAAGCCUGCGUAGUUAAACGACGCUUCGGUCAAGCGGGGCUCCUAGUUCGGCAGGCCGUAGCACUCGCUCGGCAGGCCUUCGGCGCUACGCACCCGCGCUACGCUGCCGCGCUGCUCGACUACGGCUUUUAUCUGCUCAACAUUGACUCCAUCCCACACAGUGUGGCCGUGUACGAGGAGGCACUGGCAACAUUACGCCGCGUGUUCGGCCGAAGCAGCCUGCACGUAGCCACAGCUCAAGAGGACCUAGCAUACGCACUGUACGUGCUUGAGUACUCCUCCGGUCGCUUCUACAAGGCGCGCGAUCAUGCCGAGCGCGCAAUCCGUAUUAUCGAGACCCUGGUGCCGACGGACCACCUGCUGCUGGCGUCGGCCAAGCGCGUGAAGGCGCUCAUCCUGGAGGAGAUCGCGCUCGACACGCCCGCGCCGCACCACGAGCUGCGCGGACAGAAUGGUACCGGCGAACCAUCCCUACUAGAAGAAUCAGAAGCCCUCCACAAGGCGGCGCUGCAGCUGUCCAUGAUGGCGUUCGGGGAGAAGAACGUGCAGACCGCCAAGCACUACGGCAACCUCGGCCGACUGUACCAGAGCAUGCACAAGUUCCAGGACGCAGAAACAAUGCACUUGAAAGCCAUCGCGAUCAAAGAAGAGCUCCUGGGGGCCGAGGACUACGAGGUGGGGCUCAGCAUCGGCCACCUCGCCUCGCUCUACAACUACCACAUGCAGCAACACCGCGCGGCCGAGGCGCUCUAUCUGCGCUCCAUCGCUAUCAGUCUAAAACUGUUUGGGUCCCGCUACUCCGGCCUCGAGUACGACUACCGCGGCCUCGUGCACGUGUUCACGCAGCUCAAGCGGCACGACCGCGCCGACCACUACUCGGCCCUGCUGCAACACUGGCACGAGCUCCGGGAGCAGUCCAAGACGGAGCAGCAGCCGGACGCGGGCGCGGAGCAGCUGCUGCCGCUCGCCGAGCUGCGCGCGCGGCUGUUCGCGCCCAACGACUGAGCGCCUCGCUCGCUCGCGGUGCCCGCCCGGCCCUCCGUCUAGCAGCUACGUCACGCCUGGACGCGUAUUAGCUAAAAUAUCGCAAUUUGUUUUGACAUAAACAAUUUAUAUAAAUUGAGGUAUUUUUGCGUUAAUUUGUAGCCAAAAGGCUUUGUGUUUAGGUCGUCAGUUGAGGCAUGAAAUACCGAAAUUUCGGUACAUGAACAUGUCGUAAAAUUUCGGUACAUAAUGCCAAGCCCGCGAACUGUAUAGUCGCGAUUCGAUGUCUAUUAGUGAAAUUAUGUUAGUUUAGGCGUACACCACUGACUAAAGUAUUUCUUCUUUAACGUGGAGUCAAAUGUGUAUAUUUCCAGACACUGGCAGCUUAAGAUGACUUUAUAUUUAAUUCUUUGAGAUGAAGUUUAUGUUACAAGACACGAACUACACACAUAUAUACACUUAUCCUACUAUCAAUAACUCUGCUUCAGUUUAUCUUCAUUCAACUUAUCUGGCAGAAAUUGGCAGUGUCUGAUAAAUUAUUGACUUCUGCUUUCUGGAAACUGUAAAAUGUAUCGUAAAAAGUUGACGAAAAUCUUCAGAACUCUCGCUUUACUAUAGCAUGAUUUUUAGGCCUCAGACCCUGACUUGUGAAACAAAAUCCAUUGUUUCUUUUAUGCGAGCGGUCAGCUCCCGUAUUAGACACGUGACUAAGCAACAAUGUCCUUUAAAAAGCAACUGUAUCGUGAUAGUAUUAAGGUUCAAAUCGUGAUAAUAUUGCCUACAGGUUGGCGAUUGUCCUACAUUACCAAAACCAUUAGAUUUGAACCUUAAUAUUAUCACGAUACAGCUGCUUUUUAAACAACGUUGUUUUUACAAGUCUCUAACACGGGAGCCGACCGCUCGCAUAAAAGAAACGAUGGCUUAUGUGGCUUAUGGCGACGACCGGUUUGGCCUAGUGGGUAGUGACCCUGCCUGCGAAGCUGAUGGGGGUUCAAAUCCUGGUAAGGGCAUUUGUUCGUGUGAUGAGCAUGGAUAUUUGUUCCUGAGCCAUGGAUGUUUUCUAUGUAUUUAAGUAUUUAUACAUAUUUAUAUAUUAUAUAUAUCGUUGUCUAAAGUACCCUCAACACAAGCCUUAUUGAGCUUACUGUGAGACUUAGUCAAUUUGUGUAAUAAUGUCCUAUAAUAUUUAUGUUAAACAGAUUAGGGUCUUAGGCGUAAAAAUCAUUUCAGAAAAUCUAUAGUAUAAUUUUUAAUGUAGUACCAUAUGACGUUUAUUAAACAUGAAUAUGAAUUAUAAAAUAUAUGAAUACGCCAGCCUUUUAGCACAAUACAUGUCCAGUAUUUAUAAGUAGUUGUUAUACUUAUAUGUACAGGUCGAUUUAUUAGAGUAGCACGAUAAUGAUAAUCUAACAAUAUUUUUUAUAAACAAUGCGCUCUUGUGAAUCGAUGUGUACUUAAAAGCAUUGAUAUAUAUCUAAGGACAGGUCUUACGGGCAAUAAGAAUGGUGCUAUUUCAGCGGUGUCACUCACGAAUUCGAGCCAAUCGUGCAGUCUAACGCCACAAAGCGAUUGGUUGAUGAGUUCGCAUCACGCGAUUGAUCGCAACUAUUUGCGUUAGACUGCACGAUUAGCUCGAUUCGUGAGUGACACCGCUGAACUAGCACCAUUCUUAUUUCCUGUAAGGCCCGUUCUUAGAUGUAUAUCAAUGUUAAAAGUCAAAGAAGCACAAAAUUGGUCGUUGUUUCGCCAUUUCUGAAUUGGCAACCUGAACCUUGCUGUAAUAACUACAAGGUUCUAAGUGAAAUAAUUACAUUUUGAAAGCUUGCUGGUACUCGGAUGCCUAUUUGUCAUGAUUGAGAUCGCUUUAGCGCUCAAUGAAGUUGUCUCUGUAUGUUUUAUUGGAAUAGAAAAGGAUGGAUAUAAUGAAACUGACUAUGCGCUUAGCUUUAGUGAGUUUCGAGGUCGAGAGAGCAACAAGAGAAAUUGUUGUCUGUUUUCAGCGGAGACUUGAUAAUAAUUAUGACUGAUACACACGAUAAUGUAUAUGCCAGUUUUAUGAGUUGUUUUUUUCUUCUCAGCGGGCGAUAUAGAUAUCCCUAUAGGCAUUAAGAACGCGCUACGCACUGCCAUUUACUUAUUCGCCGUUUUACUCCAGGCGCUUUACGCUUGACCCUUGCGCUUUCAAACUAUCUCUUUCCACCUCGUAAGUGCGUCUCUCUCGGCCCGCGACAGAGGAAUUUGAUCACGGCGACUGUUAAGAGCUUAAUGUUGUUAUGUUCCUCAUUUUAAGUGAUUUCCUUAUAUAAAAAUGUAUACUCUAUGUAAAAUCUAGAUUAUAGUUAUUUUCCGUUGUUUUAGAGCUUAUUUUUUAGUAUUAGCGAAUUUACUGUAUGAUGUGAAAUGAAUUGAAAAAUGUGUAUAUAAUAUU